AUCACGACCUCGUCUUAAGCCUCUCUGGAAUGCUUGUGGCGAUUCCAUAUGUCUAUAACAAAAAAUAGGUCGGCCAUACGGGAACAACAAACAGCGAACGAAUCUAGUUCUGUAAUCUUCCAUACGUCGGUUGGAACGGCAGAGCAUUUACCUUCGAAACUGAAUCUCAAGUGUGCGGACAGCCCUCAUCCGUAUUCCUCGUCCUCCGACGAAGGAGAACUAUUCAGCUCGAUGAGCGGCGAUGAUAGCGAUAGCCCUGACCUGGAGAAACGGCCUUCGCCAUCUCCAAAAGUUAGACGCAGCAGUCAAUCUGGACCGGCCCCGAUGCUCGCUGAAACUGUGCCGACUCGCCCCCCUUCGACUUCUUCAUGGACAGAUCUGGACCUGUCUGUCGUCGUAGCGCUCGUCGCGCCGGUCGGGAACUGGCUGACAGGAAACGAUCACUUGAAAAACUUGUUCCUAAUUCUCCUCUUGAUUGUCUACCUUCAUCAAGUCAUCCAAGUUCCAUGGGAACUCUAUCACUCUGCCCGCGCACGGCGCCCCCAUCCAUCCAUUUCACCCUAUAGCCCCCAGUCCUCCAUGGAGGAUCUCGCAAGAUUAGCUUCAUCCGAACUGCGUAAACACGAACUUACCUAUCUUCUCCUGUCCAUUGUUGCACCUUUCCUUGGCGCUCAUCUACUCCGCUAUGUUUUGAGCACCCUCAGCGGCACCGACGCCAUUUCAUGGUUUAGUACCACUCUCUUUGUCCUCGCCACCGGAAUACGCCCAUGGUCGCACCUUAUCGCUCGCCUCCGCGACCGUACCGGCGCGUUGCACGAUACUAUUCAUUACCCAUCGCCGGACGCACAGCUGAUCGCAGAUAGUGGGAUGGCGGCUCGCGUACGUGUCGAAGAAGCGUACGAGGAGUUGAGCGCGGCACUGGAAGAUGUUGAACACGCAGUCAAGAAACGCGAAAGGAAGGCAGAGUCUACGCGUACUGCGUACGAGGCACGACUAGUAGCCUUGGAAAAGGCCAUGAAGACUGCCGGUGACAAACGGACGGAUACGACACACCUGCGUUUGGUCCUUCUUGGACACACACCACCUUCACUUUCCCAUGGCCAUCCGCCCUCUUAUCUUUCUUCUGUGCUCAUUCAAUGGAUAUAUGUCUUAUGGUCCGUCCUCACUUUGAAUUAUGCGUACGACUCAGUCAGCCCGUCCACCCGUACGCGUCACCUU